AAAAAGAAAAUUUUCCUGAUACCGUCUCAAGAAGUUCCUCUUUUUCGGCUAUUGUCUCCCAUUUCCCGCCCGUUACAAAACUGCAACAUAUUCCGAGAAGCUCCAUUUAUUGCAGGGUGACAAGAAGAAUCAUGUUUCUGCCCAGUCAGUCUCCCUGUGUAACAGGGUUAUGUUCUCUGGCGGAGGAAUUGAAAAACGAGGCAUAAGCAAAGCCGUGAACAAGCGCAGCAGCAGCAGAAGAAGCAGCAGCAGCAGCACCGGCAGCGGCAGCACCAGCGGCAGCAGCAGCGGAAGUGGCAGCAGUAGCGGAAGCAGCAGCGAGAGUGGCCGCAGCAACAACAGUGGCAGCAGCAGUGGCAGUGGCAGCGGAAGUGGCAGCGGUAGCACCCCCCUCGGCUCCCCCCCGCACGUGCAGAUGGCUUCCCACGAGUCACUCAACUCAGAGUCGAAGUCCAGCUCUCUCAACUCCAAACUCGGACAUGAGUCUGCAGGGUCUCCCUCGGCUGGGUCCCCCUCCCCCCCAAAGAGCGUCUGCUCCUCCAGCUCCACUUCCACUGACCAACACCACCACCACCAACUUGCGCAUGUCCUCAGCUCUACCUCGAAAUUGACGGUCCGGGAAGGAACCAGAACCCUGCGCCCCGAUGAGCCUACUUUAGUCCCUGGGGAGCAUAUGGAGGGCACAGCCCGUGAGGUCACCUACCUCUGCCCCUACACAGGCCCCAAGAAGGGCACUCUCUCUGUCACAAAUUACCGCCUCUACUUCCGCAGCCCUGAGACUGACCCCCCAUUUGAGCUGGAGGUGCCCCUGGGAGUGGUUUCUAGAAUUGAGAAAGUGGGAGGGGCCAACACUAGUCGAGGUGAAAAUUCUUAUGGCAUCGAAAUAUUCUGUAAGGACAUAAGAAAUCUCCGAUUUGCACAUAAACAGACUGAUCCACUGUAUUCUUCGCAACAUAACAGAGAAACGAAUAUGACAGUAUUCAGAAGAUUCAGGAUCCUCCAAAAUUUUGGCGUUUUUGGAUCUGGUCCGAUAUACCAGGAGAAUCACUCACGGCGCAUGGUGACAGAGAAGCUGCUGCAGUACGCUUUUCCUGCUUCUCACAAACUGCCAUUCUUUGCUUUUGAAUACUGUGAGCAGUACCCAGAAAAUGGCUGGACUGUUUAUGAGCCUAUUGCCGAGUUAAAGAGACAGGGUCUGCCCAAUGAAUCUUGGCGUAUCACGAGAAUAAACGAGGACUAUGAGCUCUGUGAGACGUACCCUGCUGUGUGGGCAGUGCCAGCUGCUGCCUCAGACACAGACCUGCGCAAUGUGGCAGCUUUCAGAAGCAGAGGAAGAAUCCCGGUCCUGAGUUGGAUUCACCCUGAGAGCCAGGCCACCAUCACCAGGUGUGCUCAGCCCCUGGUGGGUGUGAGCGGGAAACGCAGCCGCGAUGACGAAGCUUACAUCCAGCACAUUAUGGAUGCCAAUGCACAGAGUCACAAGAUCUUUAUCAUGGAUGCAAGACCAAGUGUAAAUGCUGUUGCCAAUAAGGCCCGAGGUGGAGGCUACGAGAGUGAAGACGCCUACCAGAAUGCUGAAGUCCAGUUCCUUGACAUUCAUAAUAUCCAUGUUAUGAGAGAAUCCCUCCGCAAGCUGCAGGAGGUGUGCUACCCACACAUCGACAAUGCCCACUGGCUAAGUAAUCUUGAGGCAACACACUGGCUGGACCACAUCAGGUGUGUUUUGAGUGGAGCCCUUAGGAUUGCAGACAAGGUUGAAAGCCACAAGACCAGUGUCGUCGUCCACUGCUCUGAUGGAUGGGAUCGUACGGCUCAGUUGACAGCUCUGGCCAUGCUGAUGCUUGAUGGAUACUACCGCACCAUUCCAGGCUUUGCUGUCCUUAUUGAGAAAGAGUGGCUAAGUUUCGGCCACAAGUUUGCCCAGCGUAUUGGGCAUGGAGAUGACAGGCAUCAGGAUGAGGAUCGGUCACCAGUUUUUCUGCAGUUUGUGGACUGUGUAUGUCAGGUGAUGAAGCAGUUCCCGCAUGCAUUCCAAUUCACAGAGGAUUUGCUCAUCACUGUCUUGGAUCACUUGUAUUCCUGUCUAUUUGGGACUUUCCUUUAUAACAGCGAGAGAGAGCGAAUGGAGAAGGAGGUCAAGACCAAAACAGUGUCGCUAUGGUCGCUCAUCCUCAGCAACCCUUCAGACUUCGAGAACCCCCUGUACAACCCCGCCACCCGCCACCAUGUUCUCUUUCCCCUGACUUCAAUGCGCCACCUGUGCCUUUGGGAUAAGUACUACUGCCGCUGGAACCCCUCCAUGCGCCCACAGGAACCAGUUCAUAUCCGCUUCAAAGAGCUGCUCCACGUCAAGGGCCAGUUGGAGAGAAGAGUUGAUGAGCUUCGGAGGGAACUGGCAGCAAGGCAGACACAUGAUUCUCCACGCGUGACUUCUGCCAUUGUUUAAUAUCCAAGGAGGCUAAUCAGAGGCUAGAUAGUCUUUCUUCUUUUUUUUUUUUUUUUCUUCUUUUUUUUUUUUAUUUGUGUGUACAUGGAGACAGAGUGGUUAUGUGAUUUGGUUUUUCAUUUUCCCCAUUUUGAGAGGGAUGAUGGAGGGGAAAGACUGACCUAACCAUUGAGGGCUGUCAAAACAAGUGAGAAUUGUAGCAUGGGAUUUCUUUUUACAUAGAUUAGUCCCACCUUGUACAAAAAAGGGGUGAUGUUAACUAUUAUUUCUAAAAAGAAGUGACCAAUUCUCCAGUGCUUGGGGAUGAUUUUCACAAUGUUAUCCAUCUUGGAAUCAUUUAAAAUUCAUAAGAAUUUUUAUUAUGGUAAUGGACAUUAUUAGUAUUUUUUUUUUUUUUUUUAUACAUAUAUAUAUAUAUAUAUAUAUAUAUAUAUAUAUAUAUAUAUAUAUAUGAUCACUGAACAACUUCUCCAUAAAUAAAGCCAUAGGUGCAUGUAAACCCAGUGUCUAGGAAGGUUCUUGAUUAGCCAGUUAUGAUUUAGACUGGCAUUUAUUAGUAUGUCUGAUGUAUGAUGCAUGUUGAAGAUAAUUAUCUUUCAUGGAGUCAUAUUUUUUGCUGCAAAUACAGUCAUCUGGGUUUUUAAAACCUUUAGUAACAAGUACUCAGAUGUAGAAAAGGUAUGAAUGAGAAAGAAUAUCCUCACAGUAUAGAUGUAUUUGGCCAGUCUUGAUUAUAUCUUCAUCAGAAAUAUGUGUAUCUCCAAUAAAGGUAUAAUCAAAACCUGUGAAAUAUAUCUCUUGCACUGUGAAACUGUUCAAUCUUAUUCAUACCUUUUCUAUGUUUGUUACAAUAAACGCUGUUCAAGGACUCUGAUAUUUUGUGUUUAGGCCUAUCUGACACCCUCUUCCCCUCCCUCCCCUCCCCUCGUGAACCCCUCAGAGAAUGUUCAAAUAGUCCAGAUGUAAACACAGGUGUGCUUGUGCCUAUGUUUUUGUAAAGGAUUCCAUAGAUUUUUUUUAUUAUUAUUAUUAUUGUCUUAGAGGACCAGAUAACGUUGAUAUAUAUACAGUAUAUAAUAUAUAAAUAUAUAUGACAGUCUCGCAGUUUCUUUUUUCUUUUUUAUGUUCUUUCUUUCUGUUAUUAAGGAUAAGGAAACCCUCAGAAAUCUUGUAAACAGAGAGAGAAAAAGAAAAAAUGACUGCUGGUGCUUUCUUAGUGAGUUAAUCGUCAUACCAUGGUUUACCAAAACUGUUGUUCAUUAACCCCAAGAUAAGACAUUCAGGUUGGAGCAAUGACAGUAAGAUUAUUGAAUUGUUCAAGAGAUUAGUAUGUGCUAUGAUGUUCCUGUUGAUCUUUUGUAAAUAGGAGUGUGAAUAUGAAGGGAGUGCAUGGUUGGAUGCAAAUUGAAGAUAUACAAGACAGUUGCUGAUUGUGGCUUUUGUCUCUUGUUUGUGUUUGACUUUUUUAUGAUUUUGUCUGCAAAAGGAAAUGAUUGAUAGAAAGAGCUGGUGUUGAUAUGGACCUUUUUCCUUUUAUCUUUCCAGUCAUAGCUAUAUUGUAUUGAAUGUUUGAUAUGUUAUUGUAUGUAUAUUUAAAGAGGAUUGAGUGGCAACACAAGGCACUGAUUCCUUGUCCUUUUCAUUAUUAUUGCAUUAAUAACCUUUGAACACGGAAAAAUUAAAGUACAGAGGGCAUGCCUUAGUAAUGUUAUUCUUAUCAAAGCUUCAAAGCAUGGCAAUAUAAGUUAACAAUAAGGAAGACAUAUUGUUAGAACUCACUAGUCUAUAAAACAGAUUCUAGGUAUAUGUUUACCUGUUUUAUUGAUUACCCCAGUGUACUGAUGUAUGAUUUAAAAGUUUUUUUGUUUUGUUUUUUAUUCUCUUUCAGAAGAUUCAUUGUUUUUUUUUUUUUUUUUUCUUCUUCUUCUUUCUGUUUUAAACAGAGUACAGUAGGAGCUGCAUAUGUUAAAAGUUAUUGCAGAAGACUGGUACAAUGUCAAAUGAUAUACAGCAUGCAUGGUAUGCACAUGGGGAUAAUCUUGUUGUAUGAUAGAAUCGUUAUUAGAUACCUUCACAUAUAUUAUGCAACACAAUUUUGAAUAUUCAAUUUUUGUAUACAAAUAAAAAUAUACAAAUGUUA